AGCUGUAGGUGUUUGUGGAUGCAUUUUCAUCCUGGCAGGCGCCCUGAUCCUCUGUUUUAAGAAGAGGAAAAUUACUUCUGUCCCGAAGCUGAUCCCUGCACCAAAUAUCUGCAUUAGCAAUCCGCAAUUCGGCAGUCCCAUCUCCUCCCCCCCCGAGACAGUCGUGCUGAUGGACAAAGCGCCCCCGCCAUCCCGUUCCCUGCAACAAGGCCGGAAUCUGUACACCGUCAUCAACGCCGUGCCCGUACGACGGUGGAAAGAGUUUGUGAGGGGCCUGGGGCUGCAGGACGGCGAAAUCGAGCUGGUGGAACUGGAGCACUCUCAGUUCCGCGAGCAGCAGUACGAGAUGUUGAAGCGCUGGUGUCAGCAGCGGGGCGCCUCGUUGGCAGCCAUUUUGGACACCCUGGAGGCCAUGCAGUUGGGCGGCUGCGCCCAGGAACUGAAGGAGAAGCUGCAGGGGGAGCAUCUGCGGGGCAACCCAUGAGGUGGACGGCGACGGGGGCUCCCCUGUACGGGGAGAUACA